AUGGCUUUAAAAUUUAAAAUCAGCAUGAUUAAAUCAACAAAUAAAAUAUUCUUUUAGCAUAAUUACUUAGUAAACAGCUAAAAGGCCAUUCCUCAGUAGUAUUAGAAUCUCCAAAUCAGGUAUACUCUGCAAAAUAUUUAAAAUAAUCUCAAAUUUCUCAUUUUUUUUCCUUUGAAAAGUGUAAUUCUGAUCAAUUCUGUUGGGUUACACUCAAGUUGGGAUGCUUAAAUAAAUGGAUAUUCCUGA